AUGGCAGCUAAGAACAUUGCAAUAAAUGAGAAGCCCUGCAAACGCUCCAUUUGUGCAGCUCUCAUUGAAAUCAACCCGGCUUCAUCAUCCUUUCUUGAUAAAGAAGGUUUUAUAAUAAACGGUAUACGAGCUAGUCCAAUACCUGAUAGAUGGAAGCUGGGAGUGAGGAAAUACCUUUCUGCUGGGACCAGAUGGAGAAUUUCUUCCAUUUUGCCAGAUGAUGACAGUGAAGAGUCCAGAAGUGCAGAAGAUGAUGCUAUGCUGCGUUCAGACAAGGGCUCAUGUUCUACCUGGGGUGCAGGGCAUUUCUCCACCUUUGAUAAUUAUUUGUAUGACUUCUCUGGGUCCUGCAACUACAUCUUCACCACCGUAUGCAAUGAUGUUAGCCCGGACUUCAACAUCCAGUUCCGCCGCGGGGUGAACAAAAAAAUUACAAGAAUCAUCAUGGAGUUGGGACCUGUCGUCGUCACAGUUGAAAAGAACAUCAUUGCACUCAAGAAUGUUGGUAUCAUCAAGUUGCCGUACACCAGCAAUGGAAUCCAAAUUGCUCCUUUUGGACGCACUGUCCGCCUGGUGACCAAGCUGAUGGAGAUGGAGCUGGAAGUCGUCUGGAACAACGACGACUAUCUCAUGGUUAUGGUUGAGAGAAAAUAUAUGAGGAAAACUUGUGGAAUGUGCGGGAAUUUUGAUGGACAGGAACUAAAUGAGUUUCUGAGUGAAGGUAGAUUGCUGGAUGCAUACCAAUUUGCCACUUUACAAAAAAUGGAUGACCCAUCAGAGAUCUGCCCAUCUGAGGAGAUGGCAAUUCCCAAUAUUCCUCGCAAAAAAUAUGCCAGGAUCUGCUCCCAGUUACUCAACCUUGUGUCUCCAGCUUGCAACGUGUCCAAGAAAGCGUUUGUCAUCCGUUGUCAGCUUGAUAUGCAGGACUGUAGUGAUCCAGGGCAAAGAAACUGUACUUGUGCUACACUGUCAGAGUACUCUAGGCAAUGUACCAUGUCCAAUCAAGCAGUGUCUGAUUGGAGGAGUGAAGACUUCUGCUCUGUAGGAAAAUGUUCAGCUGACCAAAUAUACAAGGAGUGUGGUUCUCCAUGUGUUAAAACCUGUUCCAACCCAGAGUACAGCUGUUCCAGUUACUGUACAUAUGGUUGCUUCUGCCCAGAAGGUACUGUUCUUGAUGACAUCUCAAAAAAUCGAACAUGUGUUCCCAUUGACCAGUGCCCGUGUACACUGAAUGGGGAGAGAUAUGAUCCUGGCGUUACCAUGAAAGCAACAUGCAGGAGCUGUAAAUGUACAAUGGGCCAGUGGAAUUGCAAUGAACUACCCUGCCCAGGAAGAUGUUCCCUGGAGGGAGGCUCCUUUGUCACCACAUUUGAUUCCAGGUCAUACAGGUUCCACGGAGUCUGCACAUACAUCCUCAUGAAGAGUCCCAGCCUUCCGUAUAAUGGAACCCUGAUGGCUGUGUAUGAUAAGUCUGGUUACUCUCAUUCUGAAACAUCAUUAACUGCUAUAAUUUACCUUUCUACAAAGGACAAAAUUGUGAUUUCUCAAAAUGACCUUCACACAUAUGAUGAACUCAGGUGGCUGCCUUUUAGAUCAGCUGACAUCACCGUUUUCAGACAGUCCUCCACCCACAUUCAAAUGUAUACCACCUUUGGGCUGGAACUAAUAGUUCAAACUUGGCCAGUGUUUCACGUCUAUAUAAAAGUUGGACCUCUCUUCAAAGGCAGAACCCUAGGGUUGUGUGGCAAUUACAAUGGAGACACUACAGAUGAUUUCAUGACCAGCAUGGAUAUUAUUGAAGGAACAGCAUCCCUGUUUGUGGACUCCUGGAGAUCAGGGAACUGCCACCCUGCUGCAGAGAGGGAUACAGACCCAUGCUCUAUGAGUCAAUUGAACAAAAUGUCUGCAGAGACCCAUUGCUCCAUUCUUACUAAGAAGGGCACAGUGUUUGAGAAAUGCCAUUCUGUGGUGAAUCCUGCUCCUUUUUACAAGAGAUGCAUCUACCAAGCCUGUAACUAUGAGGAGACCUUUCCUUAUAUUUGUUCUGCUCUGGAAUCUUAUGCAAGAGUGUGUGCUUCAAUGGGGCUGAUCCUUGUAAACUGGAGGGACACUGUAGACAACUGCACCAUUUCCUGUACUGGCAAUCAGACAUUCAGCUACCACACUGAAGCCUGUGAUAGGACGUGCCUGUCACUUUCCGACCAAACCCUGGAAUGUUAUCCUACUGACAUCCCUAUUGAUGGCUGCAACUGUCCUAAAGGUACCUACUUGAACCACAGAAGUGAAUGUGUGCGUAAAUCCAUGUGUCCCUGCUACCUGGAAGAUAAGAGGUUCAUCCUGCCUGACCAGUCAACUAUAAUUGGUGGCAUUACCUGCUUUUGUGUUAAUGGAAAGAUGAGUUGCACUGGUAAACCUCAAGACCCUGCAGAAAACUGCAAGCCUCCCAAAAAAUAUGUGUCAUGUUCACAGAACUCAGAGAACAAAUAUGGAGCCUCCUGUUCCCCUACCUGUCAGAUGCUGGCCACUGGAAUUGAAUGUGUACCCACUAGGUGUGAAUCAGGCUGUGUCUGCACUGAUGGGCUAUAUGAGAAUCUAGAUGGAAUGUGUGUACCACCUGAUGAGUGUCCCUGUGAAUAUGGUGGCAUCUCUUAUAAAAAAGGGGAAGAAAUCCACACUGAAUGCAAAACCUGCACCUGUACAAGAGGCAAAUGGAAAUGUGUUCAGAAAUCUAAAUGCUCCUCAACAUGUACCCUCUAUGGAGAAGGACAUGUCACCACUUUUGAUGGACAGCGCUUUGUGUUUGAUGGCAACUGCGAAUACAUACUAGCUACGGAUGGUUGCGGUAUGAACAGCUCUCACUCCACCUUUAAAAUUGUGACUGAGAAUGUCAUCUGUGGGAAAUCAGGAGUCACCUGCUCCAGGUCCAUCAAGAUCCACCUUGGGAAUAUGACACUUAUACUGGCAGAGGAAACCUACUUUGUAUAUGGGGACAAUCCUCUGACACAAUUCCACGUGAAAAAGAAUGCCCUUCACCUGAUGUUCGAUAUCAUUAUCCCAGGAAAAUACAACAUGACUCUUAUCUGGAACAAGCACAUGAAUAUUUUCAUCAAGAUCUUCAGAGAAGCACAGGAUCACCUCUGCGGUUUGUGUGGGAAUUACAACGGGAACAUGAGAGAUGACUUUGAAACUCGAAGCAAAUACGUGGCAGCAAAUGAACUGGAGUUUGUAAAUUCUUGGAAGGAAAAUCCUAUGUGUGGGGAUGUGUUCUUUGUAGUUGAUCCCUGUAGCAAGAACCCUUAUCGUAAAGCUUGGGCAGAGAGGAAGUGUUCCAUCAUCAACAGCCAGGUCUUUGCUCCAUGUCACAGUAAGGUAUACCGCAUGCCUUAUUAUGAUGCCUGUGUCCGAGACUCCUGUGGGUGUGACUCUGGAGGAGACUGUGAAUGCAUGUGUGAUGCCAUUGCAGUGUAUGCCAAGGCAUGCUUAGAUGUAGGUGUCUGCAUUGACUGGAGAGCCCCAGAGUUCUGUCCUGUCUAUUGUGACUACUUCAACACACACCGAAAGUCAGGCAGUGAGGGCACCUACAGCUACAAUUAUUGGGAUGAACAAAAUUGCACCUGGCAUUACCGACCUUGUAAUUGCCCACAACAAAACUACAAAUAUGUCAACAUUGAAGUAACGACAACAGUACAAACUAAAACACCAAGAAGCACUACUACAGUUAAAACACCAACUACUACCGUACCACCAACAGCCACUACAUCUACAGAGUCCACCAUGCACACUGUUUUAAGCACUACACCAACCACCCUAUCUACUACAAAAGUAACCAUAAAAACAACACCUAUCACAAUCAAAUCCACUACUCACUCCAUACCAGUAACCACCAUUACGAAAAAGACAACACUGUCAACUACCCCAAUCAGAACAGUAACUGAGAUUACUUCACCAAUAACCACCACCAAAACAACCAUAUCUCCAACCUCAGAAACACCACUCACCCCUACAGUCACAGUCAUCUCAACAACUGCAAAAAAACAUACAACUCCACGUAUGACAACAACCAUUACGACACCAACUAUAACAAAGACAUCAACAACUACUUCAUCAACGCCUACUCCUUACACUAGGUCAACGAAAACCAGAGAAACAGCUAUGCCAACUCCACACACGACUGAAACUCUAAUAAUGACAUCUCUACCCACAAGCUCAAUGGAGAGCACCGCAUCAGAGUCCACCACUCCAAGCACCGAAACAAUCUCUACAACUUCAAAAACCACUGCAUCAACAGAGUCCAUCCCAACGCCCUCACCAAAAACCCCUCGAAUAAGAACUACGACAACGACUGUGCCUUCCACCAAGUCUACCGAAACCAGUACAACCGCCACACCAACUACACCCACAACCCUCACUCUCACCACGACUACCUUGUCCACUAGCUCACCAGAGAGCACAACAUCAAAGUCAACCCCUACCAUUUCCACUACCUUUACCACGCCCACCACAACCACCACACCAACUACACUCACAAGCGUCUCUCUGACGACCACGGCCCCGACCAGUACUUCACCGGAGAGCACCGCCUCUGAGUCCACCGCCCCAAGCACCGUGAAAACAACUACGCUGACGACAGUUUCUCCAACGACUACGUCAACUAAGUCCACAACGGGGUCAACACCAACAGGUACACAAACCUCCCCCAUAGGAGAUUGAAGCCCAUUCUUGUGGGAAGUGUAUGGUGUAAACACAGCAUUUUCCCUUUUCUAUCUAACUUGCUUUUUCUCACAACACUAAGCUCACUCUUCCAAUAUAUCCCACCUCCUUUUCAGAUUCUUAAUCAUUAGGA